AGCAACCAGUUGAAAGUAGAACAUCAUGUGGAACACUUUAAUUUAUCAAUGACAAUGAAUAAAUUCAAAAUUUGAAUUAAUUCGAGCAAAAAAUUUGCCAAAAAAAAAAAAAAUGAGAUAUAAACAUAUUAUUAUUGUUGGCAGUACAUUAAUCUUAAUUGUUUCUUUACUUUCUGGACUUUUAUUUUACUUCAAUCAAGAUAAAUGUUCAGUUGGAUCAUUUCCUUGCGCAAAUAGCACAAAAUGUAUUCUCCAACGAUAUUGGUGUAAUAAAAAAUAUGACUGUCCAGAACGUGAUGAUGAAUCCGAAACUGAAUGUUUUGAUUUAAAUGGAGAUUGGGACCACAUAUACCAAGAUUAUUUGAAGCCUCAGAGGCCUCUACCAACAUGUGAAUCAGUAAUAUCUCCACCAAGAUGUAAAAUUGAGGAAUGUCAUGUAACAUGCUUUGAACAAAAAGAAAUACCUCAAACUUUUUCUGUCAAUGUCACAACAAUAAUUUUGAAUAAUAAUUUUCUGACUCAAUUAUCAGCAAAUGUUUUCGAAAAUUAUACAGAAUUGCAAAAACUUUUACUGAAGAACAAUUCGAUUAGAAAUUUGGAAAUAGGGACUUUUAAAAAGCAGGCUCAAUUAGAAAAUCUAAUUUUAACCAAAAAUUAUAUUCACGAAAUACACAGAGGACAUUUUACAGGUUUGGUUUCUUUAAAAAGAUUAUUUAUUAACGAAAAUAAAAUUACAAUUGCAAAUUUAUUCGAUUUUGAAAACAGUACUUCACUUGGAUGGUUAAAUUUGAAUAACAAUUCUAUAACUGUUCAAAAUUUGUCUCUACCAUAUUUGCCAGUAUUGGAUCAAUUAUUUUUAGAUGAAAAUAAUUUAGAAGAAAUUCCAGAAACUUUAUUCGCUGGAUUGCCAAAAUUAAAAACUUUAAGCUUAGAAGGAAAUAAAAUAAAAAGAAUCGCUAAAAAUGCUUUUCAACAUUUUGAAAAUCUCACCGAGUUAAAUUUAGCAUAUAAUAAAAUCAAAAAAAUUGAACCAAUACUUUUUCAAUCUCUCGUCAGUCUUCAAAAAUUAUCAAUCGGAUAUAAUUUUAUUGAGAAUUUCCCAGUGACUGCAUUGGACACAUUGAAAGAUUUAAGAUCACUUGGAAUUGAAGAUAUUGAUUUGGAUAAUUUUGAAAAGCAUUUUUUUAAUCUUUUUCCAAACUUAAAUUUCAUCUACUUCAAAAGAUUUCAAUACUGUUCUAUGUUUGCUCCAAAUGUAAAAAAGUGCCGUCCAAUAAGCGAUGGAGUUUCUUCUCUAUCUCAUUUAUUAGGAAAGCCAAUAUUAAGAGCUGCUGUUUGGGGAAUUUCUUGUGUGACAUGUUUGGGAAAUUCUCUCGUUCUUUGGGGAAGAUUGACUGCUAAGGAUGAAAAUCGAGUCCUUAGCAUUGUUAUCAAGCACCUUGCAGUAUCCGAUAUGCUGAUGGGAAUUUAUCUUUUCAUAAUCGCUUUAGAAGAUAUCCGAUUUCGUGAUAAUUAUCAUUUGGAGGCAAGUUCCUGGAUGUCAUCAUGGUCUUGCACUUUGAUUGGAAUUGUCGCAAUGACAUCCUCGGAGGUAUCUGUACUGAUCCUGUCAUUCAUGUCAGUGGAAAGAUUUAUGCUAAUCGCAGCGCCCUUAAAAAAACAUCGUGCUUUAUCACCACAAGCUGCUUCAUCUUCAAUGAUAAUUGUUUGGAUCACAGGCAUAACACUUGCUCUUAUUCCAGCAAUUCAUUGGCGCAGCAGUACCAGAUUUUAUGGUGUUAAUGGAAUGUGUUUUCCGCUUCAUAUAGACGAUCCUUUUUUUAUAGGAUGGGAAUAUUCAGCGUUUAUUUUCCUGGGUCUCAAUUUUAUAGGAUUAAUCACCAUUGGCUACGUUUACACGGGAAUGUUUGUGAGUAUUUGGCAAACACGUCACGCAACACCUUUAUCUGUUGGCGAUUCUGAAUUCGCAUUGAGAUUUUUCUUAAUUGUAUUGACUGAUGCUGCGUGUUGGGCGCCAAUAAUUAUUCUCAAAAUUCUUGCAUUAAUGAAGUACCCAAUACCACCUGAUUUGCAUUCUUGGGUUGUCGUUUUUAUUCUACCAGUUAACAGCGCUGUUAAUCCACUAUUAUACACAUUUACUACUCCUAAAUUUAGAGAGAGACUGAAUGGUGGUAAAAAUGAAACGUGCCGAAAAAAGAGAUGGAAAAAUGAAAAUUUCAUCUUAAAAAAAAGAAGAGAUUCCAAUCGAAAAUAUUUACCUAAUUUAGUUUUAAAAUAUUUUUUUUUUAUAAAUAUUGUGUAUAUAUUAUUUAUAUUUUCAAAGCAAAUAGAAUAUUUUUAUUAUAAUUUAUUUAUUUUUUAAAAGAAGCAAAUUAUUAAUUAUUUAAUAA